AUGUCGGAAGGUACCGGAGAGCCAAAUGCACAUAGAAAAGAAAGUGUAGCAACUGCUAACGUACCUAGUGAUAGUCCAGUGACGGAUCCAGGGCAGGUUCGUGGGGGCGCUCCUGAGAGUUCAGCGGCGAAGUUCGACGGGCAGCGCGGGAAAUCGGGAGCACUAAAAAAGUCUGCAAGAUACCGAAGUCGGUCACUUUCGGCCUCGUCAGCCGAUUCUUACAGUUCCACUUCUUAUACUGGGUCGUCAUCAGAUGAGGACGAAGGCAUCCAGCCCCAUGAAAAGGCUAUAGCAGCUGGACAGCCGAACCCCCCACAUUGCGUCCGUAACAUCGAGCAACAUGCGUUCGGAAGACGGGAGAUCGAGAUUGCGGAGCAGGAGAUGCCGGGCAUUAUGGCGCUUAGGGCCAGAGCUAAAGAAGAUAAGCCACUUAAAGAUGCUAAGAUCGUAGGUUGCACCCAUAUCAACGCUCAGACCGCGGUCUUGAUUGAAACCUUAGCCGCCCUUGGUGCUACAGUACGGUGGGCCGCGUGCAAUAUUUACAGCACGCAGAAUGAGGUCGCUGCAGCUUUGGCUCAUGCUGGUUUCGCAGUAUUCGCGUGGCGCGGCGAAAGUGAGGAAGCUUUCUGGUGGUGCAUCGACCAGUGCUGCUCCCCCAGCGCCACCUGGCAGCCCAACAUGAUCCUAGAUGAUGGCGGAGACGCUACGCAUCUCAUGUUGAAAAAACAUCAGACCGCAUUUAAGCAAAUUAAAGGUAUUGUGGAAGAGAGCGUAACAGGCGUCCACAGACUAUACCAGCUCAGUAAAGCUGGCAAACUAUGUGUUCCUGCUAUGAAUGUCAACGACUCCGUUACCAAGACCAAGUUUGAUAACCUAUACUCCUGUCGGGAAAGCAUAAUUGAUGCCCUUAAACGCAGCACAGAUCUCAUGUUCGGCGGGAAACAAUCUGUUGUUUGCGGGUACGGAGAGGUUGGCAAGGGAUGCUGCCAAGCGCUAAAGGCCUUAGGAUGCGUCGUGUACGUGACAGAAAUUGACCCCAUCUGCGCUCUACAGGCAGCCAUGGACGGAUUUAGGGUUGUCAAAUUGAACGAAGUAAUAAGGCAAGUGGACAUUGUGAUAACGGCGACGGGGAAUAAGGGUGUAGUGACACGGGAGCACAUGGAGCGUAUGAAGAACGGUUGCGUGGUGUGCAACAUGGGCCAUUCUAAUACGGAGAUCGACGUCCACGCACUGAGGACCCCGGACCUGCUGUGGGAGCGCGUCAGGAGCCAGGUGGACCACAUAAUCUGGCCAAACGGUAAACGCAUCGUCCUCCUAGCGGAAGGGCGAUUGGCCAACCUGUGCUGCUCGUCGCUGCCCUCGUUCGUGGUCUCCGUGACGGCCGCCACGCAGGCGCUGGCCUUGAUCGAGCUCUACAACGCGCCGCAGCAUCGGUACAAGGCGGACGUGUAUCUAUUACCAAAAAAAAUGGACGAGUACGUGGCAAGCCUGCAUCUGCCUACAUUCGACGCGCAUUUGACGGAAUUGACAGACGAACAGGCGAAAUACCUGGGCCUUAACAAGGUCGGCCCGUUCAAACCUAAUUAUUAUCGUUACUAGCAUUUAAUGAAAGGUUAUAAAAGCGAUAGUUAAAAUUAGAAGAAAUCGCAGAUAAAACAGGGUGAAAAUAUACAACUUUUAUUUAUUUUAAAUUUGAAAUGUGCAAAAGCA